AUGCGUGAGCCACUGUGCGGCCCCAGGAAUGGAAACAAAACAUGGCGGCCGGGGAAUGAAACACACAUUGCGAUAGUAGCAACUUGUAACUGUCUGUCUGCUCAAAAACCACCUCCAAGAGGAGGGGUAAAAGAAAAUAACGCAAAAUGUCUCGACACAGAAAUGUCCGCGGUUAUAACUACGACGAAGAUUUCGAUGAUGACGACGUGUAUGGGCAAUCUGUAGACGAUGACUACUGCAUCUCACCUGCUACAGCGGCCCAGUUCAUUUACUCCCGGCGGGAGAAGCCGGCGGCCUUCGCCGAGCCCCUGGAGGAAGAGGAGCACGAGGCAGAGGAGGACAUGCCCACAUCCCCGUCCAUCAACCACCUGAACCUGGCCCCGCUCGAUCAGGGACGGCUGUACUCUUGUCUGGAUCACAUGCGGACGGUGCUGGGAGACGCGGUGUCCGAGUCUGUCCUGGCGGAGGCGGCAGUGGCCGCCGGCUUCGACCCCCAGAAGGCGCUGGACUCCGUGCUCUCCGGGGAGAACAGGACGGCAUCGGCGCCCGCCAAACCCCAGCAGGAGGCCCCGCCGUCCGCUUCGCGGAGCAAGAAAGCAGGGAAAGGACGGGACCCUCCGGUCAGUAAACUCGACUCAGAGAUCCUGCCCAAAGUGGCCCGCAUGACGGUCUCAGGGAAGAAGCCAACGCUGGGCUUCGACCUUCCCAGCUCCGAGGAGAACGGGAUUGUGGCUGCGCGUAAGGGGGCGUCUCCCGAGGACGUGGUCGCCAUGGCGACGGCGGGCCCUGACUCCUCGGCCCGCCCAGUGGCCAGCGAGGACCCGGUCGCCGUGCCAACCCCGGUGAAGUCCGGCAAAAACAAACAUCAGCUGAACGUGAAGGAGGAGCUGGAGAAACGACAGGGAGGAAAACCGCUGCUCAACCUGGUGGUGAUCGGUCACGUAGACGCAGGGAAGAGCACGCUCAUGGGCCACGUGCUCUACCUGCUGGGCAACGUCAACAAGAGGACCAUGCACAAGUACGAGCAGGACUCCAAGAAGGCCGGGAAGGCGUCCUUCGCCUACGCCUGGGUCCUGGACGAGACCGGGGAGGAGCGCGAGAGGGGUGUGACCAUGGAUGUGGGGAUGACGAAGUUUGAGACGAAGACCAAAGUGGUCACCCUAAUGGAUGCACCAGGACACAAGGACUUCAUCCCCAACAUGAUCACAGGGGCGGCCCAGGCGGACGUGGCGGUCCUGGUGGUGGAUGCCAGCCGGGGCGAGUUCGAGGCCGGGUUCGAGUCGGGCGGGCAGACGCGGGAGCACGGCCUGCUGGUGAGGUCACUGGGGGUCACGCAGCUCGCCGUCGCCGUCAACAAGAUGGACCAGGUGAACUGGCAACAGGAGCGCUUCCAAGAAAUUCUAAGCAAACUUGGCCACUUCCUGAAACAGGCGGGGUUCAAGGACUCGGACGUGUCCUACAUCCCCACCAGCGGUCUCUCCGGAGAGAACCUGUCGGUCCGCAGCACGGUCCCGGCCCUGACGUCCUGGUACAAGGGCCCCUGCCUCCUGGAGCAGAUCGAUGCGUUCAAACCGCCGCAGAGAUCGGUGGAUAAGCCGUUCCGUCUCUGCGUCUCCGACGUCUUCAAAGAUCAGGGGUCGGGGUUCUGCGUGACGGGGAAGAUCGAGGCGGGGUACAUCCAGACGGGCGACCGCGUGCUGGCCAUGCCCCCCAACGAAUCCUGCACCGUCAAAGGUAUCACGCUGCAUGACGAGCCGAUCGAUUGGGCCGCAGCGGGGGACCACGUCAGCCUCACCGUGACCGGCAUGGACAUCAUCAAAAUUAAUGUGGGCUGUGUGUUCUGCGAUAUGAAGGAGUCCAUUAAGGCUUGCACCCGUUUCCGAGCCAGAGUCCUGCUCUUCAACAUCGAGCUGCCCGUCACCCAGGGCUUCCCCGUCCUGCUGCACUACCAGACCGUGAGUGAGCCGGCCACCAUCAGGAAGCUGGUCAGCAUCCUCCACAAGAGCAGUGGGGAAGUCCUGAAGAAGAAGCCCAAGUGCCUCACUAAGGGGCAGAACGCGGUGGUGGAGAUCCAGACCCAGCGGCCCGUGGCUCUGGAGCUGUAUAAGGACUUUAAGGAGCUGGGCCGGUUCAUGCUGCGCUACGUGGGCUCCACCAUCGCCGCCGGCGUGGUCACCGAGAUCAAAGAAUGACAACGCUUCCCUCCAACUGAACUGGUUAAAAAAAAGGACAGAAUACAAAAGACAGAAGUGCAAUUUCAUCCAAAUUCAUCCAAUCGAAACGGCGAAGAAGAAAUCUCUGAUCUUUCCCUCAGACACCCGAAGAAGAGAAACGAACACAGCGAGCCAGCACGGCUCCACCAAUCAGACGGAGGUGGGAGGGGCGUAGCCACGGCAACGCUCGCCCGCUCCCUGCCCCCAUUGGCCAGCCCCCAGCAGCUCUCCCCUCCAAUCCCGACCCUUCCCCAGCUUUCGGAACGACAAUCCCGAGGACUCCAGUUAAUUUAUUCAUAUGAUGAGUAUCUCCAUGAGUGUGACUGAAUCUUUGAGUCUGGGGCAGUUUACCUGGUCUUUGCCUCCAGGUAUUUCUGUUCGGUUGACAUAUUGUGUAAAAAAAUAAAAUGUGCAAGCAACUUGAAGGGAGAAAGGGGUUAAACGGGCAUAACAUUCACAAAAGACUUCAAUAAAAAAUUAACAGUGUUCAAUAGGAACUAUCGAAACUAAAGACUUUCAUGUAAGAUCAACCCCAUUUUCAUUCAGUAUGUAAUUCAGUGCUCUGGUGAAAUAAUUUACCUUUUUAUUUUUUAUUCUUUUUGUUGAGCUGCUACUUCAGUAUUCACCGAUACUAGAGAUGAUUUUCUCAGUGGCCAUUAUGAUUUUCACGGCUGCGUUUAUUCUGUAAAUUUGACGGAGGACAGUCCAGCAGUCACCUAUGACAACCGUAGACAAAACAUGAACCAACCAAGGGCCUCCUGGUCAUGUGGUCAUGAGAGAUCGCAGUCACGGCUCGAUGCAGUAUCCCGUUCUCCACCGGAGGGCGCUGUAGCACAGCGUUCAGCCGCCAGGGGAGGUACUUCCCAGAGCCUAGCGCUCAGAUGGAAAAGUGUCCAGUGUGCAGUAAACGCUGUGUAGGUGGGUGGCGAAACCGCUUUAAAAUCCUCCUGGGACGCCAUGGCAACAACUACACUUGGCCUCAAAAUUACUUUGCUUAAUGUGUGCAUGUGCAAACUUAACGAAGAAAGGAAACGGAAACUAAAGACUUGUGUGUUAAAAGACUUGCAAAUGAGAAAGCGUACGGGGUUAUCAGGGGGAUAACUGGCAGAGCACAUGCCCAGCUGUCUGUGGAAAACUCAAACACUAGAGAAUGAUGUCUUCAAGGGUGGCGAAUAAAAGAGAAGGAAUAAAAGAGAAGGAGAGUC